AUGUUAAACCUCAAAAUAUUGUUCCAAUAUAAGGUCGCAGUCCUUAUCCUGGCAGCCUCAGUUCUGGCGGAUCCUGAACCGAGCAAAGUUGUCCAGAAGCGAAGUGGCCUUGUCGGACAUUAUGGCGCGCCUCUGAUAGGCCACGGACUGGCCUUCGGGCACGGAUACGCGGCUGGGCCAAUCGGCCAUCUGUCCGCGGGGCCAAUAGGUGCGGCCUACGCUGCAGGUCCUUACGGUGGACCUCUAGGGGGCACUAUCGUUGGAGCUGAUGUCCAUACCACAGUCACCAAGCAUGUCGGUGUACCAGUUCCCGCGCCCUACCCUGUCGCUGUGGACAGGCCUUACCCUGUGCCCGUUAAGGUGGCCGUCCCAGUGCCGGUUGACCGUCCGUACGCCGUGCCGGUGCCCAAGCCGUACCCGGUGGCCGUUGAGAAGCACAUCCCCGUUCCCGUCGACAGGCCCGUACCGGUGCCCGUGCCGCACGCCGUGCCGUACCCCGUCAUCAAACAAGUCGGCGUCCCCGUGCCCCACCCAUACCCUGUAGCUGUGCCCAAGCCAGUAGCCGUGCCAGUGCCCGCGCCAGUCGCCGUGCCAGUCGUCAAGUCCUACGCCAGCGCGCCCAUCUUCCACGACUUCCACGCUCACGGCCACUCUCUCCACUCCAAGUACGGAUGGUAA